GGUUAGCUGCUGCCCGGUGUUUAGCGCGGUAGCUGCCAGCGGCGGCUAACAAGAUGCACACAGCCGCUGCUGUGUUUCGUAAAGCGGGGCCGGCGAGCCGCUGAACGCUUGUUGAAGAGGAUUACGAGUCGACGCGGAUCGACGGAGGCAGAAAUGGCCGGGAUCAUUAAAAAGCAAAUCCUGAAACAUUUGUCCAGGUUCACCAAGAAUCUGUCCCCAGACAAGAUCAACCUGAGCACACUGAAGGGGGAGGGGCAGCUGUCCAACCUGGAGCUCGAUGAAGAGGUCCUGCAGAACAUGCUGGACCUGCCUACCUGGCUCGCAGUCACUCGGGUCUACUGCAACAAGGCCGCCAUCAGGAUACAAUGGACGAAGUUGAAAACGAGCCCGAUCUGCCUGUUCUUGGAUAAGGUAGAGGUGGAGAUGAGGACCUGUGAAGAACCUCGUCCGCCCAACGGCCCUUCUCCUAUCGCUAUAACCGCGGGCCAGAGCGAGUACGGCUUCGCGGAGAAAGUGGUGGAGGGCAUGUCGGUUCGGAUCAACUCCAUCACCAUCAAGGUGCAGGCGCGUGCCUUCCACGCCUCCUUCGAGCUCUGGCAGCUGCAGGGCAACAGCCUCAACCCCAAAUGGCAGCGCAGUGACCUUCGCUACACCCGCAUCACCGACCCAAAGAGAGGGGAGGUGUUGACGUUCAAAGAAAUCAACUGGCAGAGUCUUCGAAUCGAAGCGGAUGCCAUCGAGAGCAACGACCAGGAUCUGGGCAGCACGCCGUUACGUCUCAUCACCAACCAGGGCCGCAUUCGCAUCGCUCUGAAACGAAGAAUAAAGGACUGUAAUGUGCUGGCGUCCAAGCUGCUUUUUAUCCUGGACGACUUGCUGUGGGUGCUGACUGACUCGCAGCUCAAGGCCAUCAUCCACUACGCCAAAUCUCUGAGCGAGGCCAUGGACAAGUCCGCCCAACAGAGGAAGAGCAUGACGGCCGAAUCCCUGCAGACUGCUCCUCCAUCUCCCGGCUUCCACAGCCUGUGGACCGAAGCCCCCCCGUCUCCUGCGGGGACCCCCAACAACAUGAGUCAGUACUUCGAUCUGUAUGACGUCAAGGAGUCUUCGUACCACACCUUCAUAUCGCGCCUGGACCUGCACGUAUGCAACGACAGCUCUUCAGUGGAUGAAGAUGAGGCUCCCCCGCCGGGUCUGCAGGGCGCCAUGCAGCUGACCUUCAGGAAGCUGGGCUUCGACUACUACCCCAUCCACAGACCUGCUGACGGCUGUCGACACUGGGAGCGGCACAGUGGAGCCAUGGAGGCUCAGGCCCAGUGGGCUGGGAAAUUACUGCAAGAGUACCAGAAAAGAGCCGAGGCGUCCGGAUUUCCUGGACCACCGAGUGAGACACCCCACCCGGUCAAAGGCUCCCCAGCAAAGACAGUCCAAGAUGGACAGUGUAGUCCCAAGCCCAACUCCUCUGACAAAGACCAGGCAGCUGGCAGAAACCCGGCAUCGGGGACGUCGCUGAAGAGGCUGCGAUCGAGCUGCGUGGUGGUCAGGAUGGAUGACGUUGACAUUCACCAGGUGUCUACGAGAGGCCGCCAAAACAAGAAGACUCAGUCUUUACUCUCCUGCAACCGUAAAGCUCUGCGGCUGCCAGACAACGUCCCCGCAGUUCAUCUGCAGUUUACUGAGUACUACUUUCCAGACAACCCCACUUUACCAGUGCCCACCUCGAACCUGUACGCUCAGUUAAACAGCCUCCAGCUGUGCGUGGACGCCGCCAGCGUGCUGUGGAUCAAUCUGUUUUCUCGAGGCCUCCUGCACACGCUGGACCAGGUCAAAGCUUUCUACCACUUGCAAGACAGUAAUAAAGCUGAAGAACACAUAGACAUGCGCAUGGAUGCAUCUCAACUCAAGCUAAUAAUCCCUUUGGAUUCCUCCAUAUUGGAUCAUCCAGAGCGUCCGCAGUCCCUCUCCGUCACCGUACCCCAGAUGGUUGUCAGCAACACUCGCCACUGUCCUCAUGGCUCCAGGGCCGACCUCGACAGUACCUGCAGCAAGUUUUCCAGCUGCUCUUUCUUUCAGUCCACGCCACCUCACUCUUACCCCAGAGACCUGAGUGCCUUCCACCCCGUCCCCUCCACCUUCCACCUGCACUCUCAGGAGGUGGAGCCGCAGCCUUUGGACAGAAAGCAGCUGCGAUCGCAGGACGUCUGGUCCCUCAGUCUGUCCCGCGUCGCGCUCGGGUUUGACGGAGCGCGCCGAUUCCCCAAAGCCAGGACGCAGCCUUUCGUGGAGCCGUUCGCCGUGUCCGUGUGGAUGUGUCAGCCGUCGGCCUUCAGACGCGGCUCGUCGUCUUCCCCCUCCAGCCCCGGCACGGCCCGCCCGCCUUCCUCGGAGCAGCGAGAAGCUUCCUUCCACUUCCUGGUUCACACCAUCACACCGGUGAAGAUGUGGCUCAACCACUACCAGUACGUCGCCCUGCUGAGGAUGAAGGACGCCAUGGCCCGCCUCGGGGCGGAGCUGGGCCGGGACGUACGCGACGUGAAGCAGGCCCGUGGCCAGAAGGUGAAAUCGGCCACGGUGUGCGUGGCCUUGCUGUUGGACUCGGUGGAACUGGGUCUGCUGUUGCCGCCGGUGUCCACGGAGCCGGAGGAGGAGGUCCCCCACACCCCGGAGACGGACAGCCCCAGCAUGACGGACUCUGACGUCUCCCCGACUCAUCACCCGUCCGACAUCCCAGAAGACAGCGGCUUGGAGAACGGCGUGUCGUCCGUCAACACGGCCGGGACGGCGUACGACCAGGACGACCAGGACGAGGUGGUGGAGGAGGCGUGCGAGGCCGUGGAGGAGGGACUGGAGGACGACGGGCCGGCGGCGCAGGAAGACCCCGCCGUCCUGUCCCCGCCCCUCUCUCCUGAGCAGUCUCCGGCGCUCUCCCGAGAACCGUCCACCUUCAGUUUGGAGGGAGAGCUGUCCAGCGCCAUCAACGUCACAAAGGACGUGACCAAAGAUGCCCUCAGUGCCUCGCUGGACCUGACCAAAGGGGCGUUUUCAAUAACGAAAGACGCCUUCAGCAUGCUGAGCCGUGGCUCAGGGAUGAGCAAACUGUUCAGUCAGCAGGCGAAGGAGCAGGUUCAGCGCUCAGAAGAGUCCUCCCCCUCUGUGGCUUCCAGCCUGCGGCACCAGUCCCUGAAGCAGUCGCCUUCCCAACAUUCCUUCGACAGCGCCAUCUUGGACGGCAGCCUCCCCGAUGAGAAUCUCUCGGUGGACAGCGACCUCAGUGAUAAUUUUAUUACCUUCAUGGAUUCAGAGUCGGGUGUGGAGUCGAUGCGCCCCAACAACACGCCUGUGGGCAGCAGAGGGAGUCCGGCUCCGGGGACGGAGGGCGGCUCCUCGGCCGAUCUCAGCAGCUCCCUGUCCCAAAGCACAGAGGACGUCUCGCAAGACAUGUCCUCCGUGUUGCUGCUGGUUCUGAGUGGAGCGGCUGCCACCAUGGAGGUGAACGGCGAGGACCAGGUCGUGGCCGUGGCAGCUCAGAACCUGGUUCCCGUACAGAUGGGAAACAUCCGGCUGUCAGACCUGCUGGCUGGUCUCGUACAAGCUCCCGCUGAGCCGGUCCAGAGGAGCAGAGACUCUCCGGUUCUGUGCAUGAGGGCAGAAUCGGGCCCCUCUGCGGCCGGCCGCUCCACCGUGGCCGAGGCGGUGGGCCACCUGGACGUGAGACUGCAGGACUGCCACGCUCAGCUUCUGGCCUCUACGGUGGCAAACAUCGGUCCUUUUCUGGAAGACGAGUUCAGUGUGGAUGGCCAGCCGAUGAGGCUACACAUGAGGAACGUCACUGUCACUAUGAAGGACGAUGGUCCCAGAAUUUACCCGACAGCUCCUCAGCCGGUCCCGGCUACAUUCAUUGUAGACGGGCUGCUCCUGGAGCGAGGCGACGACGGCAUCAUGAGAGUGAAAGCUGAGGGGGCCGACCCUAAAGCCUCAGCAGGUGUUCCUGCGCUCUGCUCAGACAAACUGAAUGGUUUCUGCUCCAGCCAACCGCAGAAUGAGACACGAAACCUGGAGUCCCAGCUGGGUGACGCACAGGCCGCACUCACAGAGGCCCUCAGAGAGCGGGAACGCCUCCUCCUGGAGGUCAGGAAGUAUGACCCCACCUUCACUCUCUGAGCACCUCCAGUGUCUGACCUCUGACCCCGCUGCUGCAGAUUCAAAGUGAUUGGCGGGAGUAUCAGGAAACCAGGUGGACUUCUUCAAAGCAUGUCUGGACUAUGUACAUGUUUUGUAAAAAAAAAAAAAAAAAAAACAGAAUUGGAUUGGCUCACUAUGUCCCAUAUUGAUGAGAGUUUAAAAAAAAGCCUUGAUAACAAUAACUCAAAGGGGGAAAGUAGUGAACUUAACUCGCAGAUGUGUUUACCAUCAGUCCAGAUAUUCCUCACUGCUUUUACUAAACACCCAUCAUCCUGGUUAUUUCUGGAACCAGUGUAAACUCACCCUGUGGUCUCCAUGCAUGCAACACGAUCAAGCUUUAAUUCCCUCUCGGUACUUGUUUGUGUUAUGGAAAUAUUCAGUCUCGUACACGCCAAAACCUCUUCUCUCACAUGUACUCUCACUGCCAGACAGCUGCUGGUCCGUCAGCGUCUCACUCACACCACCUACUACCCAGCAUGCCUUGUGACGAGUGGAGCACAUUUCCACAUCUGCAGUCUUAGGCUUUAGUGAUGUAGAUUAGUUCCGCUAGGUGUAAGAAACAUUUGCGUUUCUUUCUUAUUUAAAGGUAUUGUUAGUGGUUGAAAAACGUGCUGUGAAAGGUAAUGCAAACAAUGCACUUUUUGUUUUAAAGAGAGAAAAAAAAAAAUGCAGAUACCCACUGCUUUCACGCAGACUGAUGCAUCUCAAUGUUUUUAUCUCAUCGGGUUGAAUCAUUCCCAAGUGUUUUUUUUUUUUUUUUUGUCUUCUGAAUUGUUAAACAUAGAUCGUGCUCUGUGUUUAAAUACCUGAAAACGGCAAACUUUUCCAUCUCUCUCUGGGCUGCAGGGAGCCGAUUGCACAGAAGUUCCUCUUUUGUGUGUGUGUUUUUUUUUUUAUUUGAAUUAAGUUGUGAUACUUGAUCUCUAUAAAACAUGUUUUUUAUAGCUUGCCAGGGAACAGCUCAGACUGAUAGUUAAUACCUCGUUACACAUGCUUCAUGUGAAGUUCAGACAUCUCGAACUUCAAGCUUGUUUUAUAUUUAUUUACAUGUCAAUGUUGGGCUGUUAUUUUUUGUUUUUGUUUUUUUAAUACAUUGUACUGUAGUCAUAUCAAUCAAAAAAGGUGACAUUAAAAAAAGUGGUACAUUUACAGUAAUGUACUUAUUCACAAAAACUAUGAAGAUACUGAUAUCUAUUUAUAAGUUUGACAGUUAUUUUUAACUUCUGUCACUUUCGCUUAUCCGCACACUAAUUUGUUACAUGGACUCGAAGACCGAAACCAGACAUUUUGUGAAUUCCUCUAUGGAAAACGCCUCUCUGGAACAUUUUAUCUUUGAUCUGAAGGUCUUCAGUUGGUGUAUCGGUGGUUUGGUGUUUCGCCCGUGGCAUAAAAUAUCCGUUUUAGUGGUUUCAAACUAUUCAGCAUUGCCCAUAUCUAAUCUUUCACUUCCAGUUCUGAUGGAUCCAGGGUACCAGGGAGACCUCUGGUGGCUACGGCCUGCCAUUGCACGCUCCUCUGAAAGUUUUAUCCAUCAGUUUUGUCUUUUUGUUUUUAUACUGUGGUUGCCUUGCAAGCUAUGAACGACAGAUUGAGGUUCAGAAUGAAGAAUGUAUUUAUUCCAGCAAUACAAACCUUUGGUUUCACCAAAAAGGGGUAACACUACGCAUAUUUUUUUUUUCAUUGUUGUGAAUUUCACAUUUUCCCUGCCCAGCAUGCAUAUUCCUAACCUCGUCAACCGUUCUAUGUAACAAUGCAGAGAUUCUGCACAUUAACCUCACUAUCAACUAGAUGUUCAUUCUUUUUCCUUCGCUUAAGGUGUUUCUGGUUUGCAUGGCUCUUACGGAAAAGUUUCAUUGAUACCAAAUUGAGCGUGCCAUGCAGGAUGCAACAUGUAGCUCUGUAGUUUUGCCCGGUUUCCCUCUCUCCAGCCAGACAUCGGCGUCAAGUAGCAUCUUUAUCCCUCUGACAAAUCGAUGCCGAGGUAAAUCUGCUCACAUCCUGAUAAUCUAGACUUCCUCUGCCAAAAAAAAAAAGAAAGAAAAAAGAGAGAGAGCCGGAGAGUGAAAUGAGACG